AUGGACUGGCCAGAACUCAGAGUAGGCUGGCCAGCAGCGGGGUCGCUGGACCUAGGGUUGUACUACAAGUACACCAGAGGGUCUUCCACCCCACCACAGGACAUCCUGACCAAGCCCCAUACAUCGAUGUCUGGCUUACUCUACUGCCCAGAGGAGCUGCCCAAUCCACCGCCAUAUCUCCCUCGGGGGGAGGGUGACAUUAGCCAUAGGGCAAGCACCUCAGUUUCUAGCAGUACAGGAGAGGGAGCUGAUACCUUCCUGAGAGCCCUCGAUGACUUGGGCAUCCCCGACUCACCGGGGGUACCAAGCCCAGCUGACCGCUCCGCCCAAACCAGUUUGGAUGGAGGGGACAAGGGGGCCCGCCCGAAGGAGCGACAAACCCAGAAAAGCGAACAGAUCACCCCCUCCUCUGAUGAAUUAGAAGGAGCAGUGGGGGGACAAAAGUUGCCCCUUGGGGAACAGGAAGGCCCCAUAGCUGAUCGAACUCGCUCUAAGAAUACCAGGCAGAGUGAGGAAGCUGAUCCGUCGGAAGACGGACCGGCUUUCCUGAGCCCUCUCAGGAGGGUAGAUCAGUCCGUGGUUGAACCAAACAGAGAGCCUGUAAUUGUCUCUGUGUUUCAACACGUCCCAUUUACUUCCUCGGACCUUUUAAACUGGAAAAUGCAUUAUGGUCCGUUUUGUAACAAACCAGCAGAGGUUACUGAUUUGAUUAAAACUAUUGUAGAUACCCACAAUCCAACUUGGAGGGAUCUACAACAGUUGAUGAGUACCAUCUUCAAUCCGGAAGAGAGGGAAAAGAUUAGGAAUGCCGCCCUUAAAAUCCUAAAAGGAACUAUGCCAGCCCGGGAUAUGACUAUUGAACGCUGGGUGGCUAGAAAUUUUCCCUCUGAAGAUCCCAGAUGGGACCCUUAUAAGAUCGAGGAUCUUAGGUCCCUUCAGGAUUACCAGCGCCUUGUGGUGCAGGCAAUCCAGGUGGCGGGGAAACCCACCACCAACAUGUCAAAACCUUCUUUGGUGAUCCAAGGUGCUAGUGAAGCCCCGGAAGCCUUCUAUGCCCGACUGUUAGAUGCUUACCGAAUGUACACCCCCAUAGACCCUACUCAGCCUGAAAAUGCUCGCAUGUUGGCAAUGGCCUUCAUUUCUCAAUCAGCCCCUGACAUACGGCGAAAAUUGCAGAAAUUGGAGGGAGCUCUUGGGAAAUCAAUGAGUGAACUGAUGGAAGUGGCACGGAAGGUUUUUGCGAACAGGGAUAAAAUUGAGGAACAGAAGCAGGAGCAAAAAAUGCAUAAAAAGGCAGAACUGCUUGCUGCAGCUUUGAUGGGCGGGCCUGCGACCCGAGAAAUGAAUGCCCUGAAAAAGAACUGGAACGUGCCAAGGAAGGAAAUCGGGGAGGUUAUGCCCGAGACGGCCGAGGUGGACGAGGCAGACCCUUUCGAGGGAGGGGACGAGGGGCGUCCAAUACCCCCCUCAUUGGUCUGGCCGAAGUCGAGGAAUGGGAAUGAAACGGACCGGGCUCGGCACGCCUCCCUGAACCCAUGGACAAACCCCCCUGGGUUUGCUCGCCAUCAGACGCCCAUUAUUGUUGAGGAGCUCCCUGCCAAACAUCCAAUUCGCCUUCGUCAACGGGCCUACCCUAGACACAUUAUGCAAGCUAUACAGGAAGUUAUUGAUCUCUAUCUGGCACAUGACAUUCUGGUCCCUACUGAAUCGGCCUGGAACACCCCAAUCUUGCCUAUUCCGAAAGGGGAUGGCCGUUUCCGUCCGGUCCAAAAUUUAAAGCCAGUAAAUGCCGCUACCGUGACCAUUCAUCCUUUGGUCCCAAAUCCGUACGUUAUUCUGGGCUUGAUUCCCCAGACUGCGUCAUGGUUUUCGGUCAUAGACCUUAAGGAUGCAUUCUUUACCAUCCCAAUCCAUAAAAAGAGUCAGCAUCUCUUUGCUUUUGAGUGGGAAAAUCCGGCUACUGGUCGUAAACAGCAGUAUACUUGGACCAGGUUGCCUCAAGGUUUUAAGAACUCCCCCACUCUGUUUGGGAAUGCCCUCGCAGCUGAUUUGGAAGCUUUGAACCUCCCCAAGCCGGAGGUCUUGUUGCAGUAUGUUGAUGACCUGCUGGUCACUGGCCAGACAAAGGACAUAUGCUGGCAAAACACUUAUGAUCUCCUACACCUUCUACAGCGACUGGGCUAUAAGGCUUCUCGGAAAAAGGCACAAUUGGUUUUGCAAAAAGUUAGAUACUUGGGCUAUGAUAUUGAGCCUGGAAAACGCACCUUGGGUCAUGAAAGAAAGGAAGCUAUUUGCCGCCUCCCCACCCCACGGACUAAAAAGGAUCUCCGGGGGUUUCUGGGGGCUGCUGGGUUUUGCCGUAUUUGGAUUCCUAACUUUAGCCUCCUUGCAAAACCCCUAUAUGAGGCUACCAGAGGCAGUGACCGAGAGCCGCUCCUCUGGCGAAAAGAGGAACAGAAAAGUUUCUCAAGUUUAAAACAUGCUCUGAUGCAAGCCCCCAGUUUGGGCUUGCCAGACUUAGACAAACCUUUUCAGUUAUUUGUGGAUACUAAACAAAAUGUUGCUGUUGGGGUUCUCACCCAAAGGUUAGGAACCUGGCAUCGCCCUGUAGCCUAUCUUUCCAAGCAACUGGAUCCUGUUGCGAGGGGUUGGCCUGCCUGUCUCAAGGCUGUUGCUGGCACGGCUCUUCUUACUCAAGAGUCUUGCAAGCUAACCUUUGGACAAGAGCUCGAAAUACAAACCCCUCACGCCUUGAAGGCUGUCUUGGAAACAAAAGGCCAUUUGUGGUUAACAAAUCCCAGGAUGCUCAAAUACCAAGGCCUUAUCACUCACAACCCCAUGAUUGUUUUAAAGCAAUCUACUUCUUUGAAUCCGGCAACUCUCCUUCCUGAACCUGAUCUUGAUACGGCCCACGAUUGUAUUCAGACUAUUGGGGAAACAUAUGCCAGCCGCCCUGAUAUGUCAGAUGUCCCACUUCCCCGUCCUGACUAUGCACUGUACACCGACGGCACUAGUUUCCUCCUGAAUGGGGUUCGCAAGGCUGGAUAUGCUGUUGUUACCCUAACAGAUGUCUGGGAAGCCGAACCCCUCCCUCCUGGCACUAGUGCACAGUUGGCAGAGCUCCACGCUUUAACUAGAGCCCUUGAGCUUUCUAAAAAUCUAAAUGUCAAUAUUUACACAGAUUCGAAAUAUGCCUUUUUAACAGUUCAAGUCCACGGGGCAUUGUAUAAAGAGAGGGGACUUAUUACAGCAGGGGGAAAGGACAUCAAGUAUGGUCCACAAAUCCUCCGCCUGCUGGACAGUGUUUGGGCCCCUCGCAAGGUGGCUGUCAUGCACUGUAGGGGCCAUCAGAAAUCACCCUCGGACACACAACUGGGUAACCAUAAGGCUGACCAGGAGGCUCGCCAUGCAGCGUUGCGACCUUUCAAACUGCAGGCGCACUGCCUCGCCUUAUGGGAUCCCCCAGACUCUAUGCAGCCUCAUUAUAGUGCAUCUGAACUUGCUCAAGCCCGUGAACUCGAUGCUUCCCUACAGGGGGGUUGGUGGGUCUUGCCCGAUUCUCGUGUUUUCCUCCCAGGCCACAUGGCCUGGGAUGUGGUUAAUCAGGUCCAUGCGCUGCACCUGUGGCUGCCCCUUCUGGUGACACUCCGGAAGCUGUCCCUCUACGAACGGGAGCCGAAGAGGAACCCCCUGCAGGUAUUACUCCGGAGGCUAAUACCCAUCGCAUGGGCAACGCUCCUCGCUUUACCCUGCGCUCUGGGAGGCAGGUCCCCUCGUCAUCUCCUUGAUUUCAUGUGCUGGUUUUGCCCCUGCCCCUGCGAUUCCUGCUGCUGUUCCCAUUGUAUUGAUUGUGUUUUGUGUAUUGACUGUGCCCUUAUUUGUGACAUAGUUGUUAUCGAACAAGUUCUUGAGGGAUUCUUCUAUUCCAAUUCCUCUGGCCAACGGGUCUCUACCCUAACGGCAACUCCUACGGUUCUCACAGCCCUUAGUCAACCACCUCUUACAUAUUCCUAUCAUUGGUCUUAAAUGGAUCCAGCUCAGCGCAUUCGUGAGACGGCUUGUAUUCGCCGUGGCCUUUUGCCUUCCAUUUGGGUUGUUAUUGUGCUAUUGCUACUCAGUAUCAUUAUUAACUCUCUUUACCUUUAUCGCGUUUUGCUAGGAACAGGGGGGAAGGGGAGCUUGGACUUGGAGGGUCCCCUUUCGCCUCUUGACCAGGGCAAACGCUUCCCCGCGGAGGAUGACAUUUGGACAUGGUUGGGAGGAAAUACGACCCCUACAUUGGUACCAGCACGUUGUCCUUAUUGGUUGAG